CGCACACACUCGCACACAAAAACCCUCUGAAGAGGCAGCUCGGCCGUGAAAGAAAUCAAAUUGUCUGUCACUUUGUGACUCAGAAAAGCCGAACCUGUCGAAGCCAUUCUCACAGACGACGAACCAGACAACAGCACAUUGGGAGCUGGGGAAGGGGACCAUGAUCUCCUUACCUGUGGCCAGUGUCAGAUGAACUUCCCGUUGGGGGACAUUCUUAUUUUUAUUGAGCACAAACGGAAACAAUGCAAUGGCAGCCUUUGCUUAGAGAAGGCUGGGGAUAAGCCACCCUCUCCCACACCAAGUGAACUCAAGAAAGCAUCCAAUCCAGUGGAAGUUGGCAUCCAGGUCACGCCGGAGGAUGACGAUUGUUUGUCAACGUCAUCUAGAGGAAUUUGUCCAAAACAGGAAAAUGCAGCAGGUAAAGAUGAGCCCAGCAGCUACACCUGUACAACGUGUAAACAGCCAUUCUCAAGUGCAUGGUUUCUCUUGCAACAUGCCCAGAACACCCACGGCUUCAGAAUCUAUCUGGAAAGUGAACAUGGCAGCCCACUUACACCCAGGGUAGGCAUUCCAUCAGGACUGGGUGCAGAAUGUCCUUCACAGCCACCACUCCAUGGGAUUCAUAUUGCAGACAAUAAUCCCUUUAACCUAUUGAGAAUUCCUGGAUCUGUGUCAAGAGAGGCUUCUGGUCUUACAGAGGGUCGUUUCCCACCAACACCCCCUUUAUUUAGCCCCCCUCCAAGGCAUCAUUUGGAUCCUCACCGUAUAGAACGCUUGGGUGCAGAAGAAAUGGCCCUUCCAACACAUCACCCGAGUGCCUUUGACAGGGUGCUGCGACUUAACCCCCUGGCUAUGGAGCCACCAGCUAUGGAUUUUUCCAGGAGACUUAGAGAGUUAGCUGGAAACACUGGUUCCAGUCCUCCUUUGUCACCCAAUCGGCCCAGCCCUAUGCAAAGGUUAAUGCAGCCAUUCCCGUCAGGCAACAAACCACCAUUUUUGGCAACACCGCCUCUUCCUUCUCUUCAGUCAGUUCCUCCUCCUUCCCAACCUCCUGUUAAAUCCAAGUCCUGUGAGUUUUGUGGAAAAACAUUUAAAUUUCAGAGCAAUCUAGUAGUACAUCGCAGAAGUCACACGGGAGAAAAACCAUACAAAUGCAACCUGUGUGAUCAUGCAUGUACUCAAGCCAGCAAACUGAAACGCCAUAUGAAAACACACAUACAUAAAUCUUCCCCCAUGACAGUCAAGUCAGAUGAUGGUCUUUCCACAGCAAGUUCUCCUGAACCUGGAACCAGUGAUUUACUUGGCAGUGCAAGUAGUGUCCUAAAGUCUGUGGUAGCCAAAUUUAAAAGUGAAAAUGAUUCAAAUUUGAUACCUGAGAAUGGUGACGAAGAAGAGGAGGAGGAGGAAGAAGAAGAGGAGGAGGAGGAAGAGGAAGAGGAGGAGGAAGACUUAACAGAAACAGACAGUAGGCCUGAUUAUAGUUUUGGCCUUAACCUUGAAGCAGCUCGUCACCACGAAAAUAACGCCAGAUCGAUCGAGGAGAGAUCUAUGCCUGAAGUCAUGCAAAGCAUGGGUCUUGGAAUGCAUCACUUUAGUGAUGCUUUUCAUCAGGUAUUGAUGGAAAAGCAUAAAAGAGGGCAUUUAUCUGAACCAGAAGUGCAAAGAGACACUUGCGAUGAAGAUUCAGUGGCAGGAGAAUCUGAUCGCAUUGAAAGUGGCACAGUCAAUGGGAGGGGGUGUUCCCCAGGUGAAUCUGCUUCAGGAGGCUUAUCAAAAAAAUUACUUCUUGGUAGCCCAAGCUCUUUGAGUCCUUUUUCUAAACGCAUAAAACUUGAGAAGGAAUUUGAUCUACCUGCGUCAGCUAUGCCUAACACAGAAAAUGUUUACUCCCAAUGGCUUGCUGGCUAUGCCGCUUCCAGGCAGCUAAAAGAGCCAUUCCUAACUUUUGGGGACUCCAGACAAUCGCCUUUUGCCUCCUCCUCAGAACAUUCAUCUGAAAAUGGCAGUUUACGCUUCUCCACACCUCCAGGAGAAAUGGAUGGAGGAAUAUCAGGCCGUAGUGGUACAGGAAGUGGUGGAAGCACUCCUCAUAUUAGCGGGCCCGGGCCUGGAAGGCCCAGUUCAAAAGAGGGCAAGCGCAGUGAUACUUGUGAGUACUGUGGAAAAAUCUUCAAGAACUGUAGUAACCUCACUGUUCACAGGAGAAGCCACACAGGUGAAAGGCCAUAUAAGUGUGAGCUUUGCAACUACGCCUGCGCGCAGAGUAGCAAACUUACCCGGCACAUGAAAACACAUGGUCAGGUGGGAAAGGACGUUUACAAAUGUGAAAUUUGUCAGAUGCCUUUUAGCGUGUACAGUACCCUGGAGAAACACAUGAAAAAAUGGCACAGUGACCGAGUGUUGAAUAAUGAUAUAAAAACUGAAUAGAGGUAUAUCGAUAACCCCCUGUAGAUUUUUUUCUAGUCCCAUGUGAUAAAAAGUAAUGAAAGCUAAGGAUACAAGACAGUGCUUGUCAAUAGCACACCUUUUUUUAUUUUUUAAUACUUUCUUUUAUUUUUUUGUUGUUCUCAUCGUUUAAAUGCAUGUUCUUUAUUGGGGCAAUACUAUUGCAUUUUACGCAAACUUUGAGCCUUUCUCUUGUGCAAUAAUUUACAUGUCGUGUAUGUUGAUUUUUUUUUAUUUUUUUGGUUUUUUUUUAUAGACAGCAUGUAUGAUAUGUUAUAGCUAUUUUCAAUUGUCCCUGAAUUAGUUUGCAAAGCAAAAAUAUUUUGCUGUUUCCAGUUCCGUUCAGAGAAGUGACCAUGCUGCAUAAAUUCUGUAAUACAUAUCAUGUACAGUUUUGUUUUGUGAUGUGCACAGGGAACAUCUUUUCAGAUCCUCUGGGGACUGGGAAUCCUAGUGCUGCAAAAUGCCAGAGGAGCUUCAUCAUCUUCAUGCUAGGGGUUACCUGUAGUGGUUAGAACACAACAAAGGAGAAAAAAAGGCCUUGGCGUCAAGACAAAAAAAAAAAAAAGUAAAUCUGUACUAUCAUUUGGUUAAAAUAACAGUAUCUGAGUGCCUUCAUUCUGAGUUGAAACCAUAUAAAUGGUUCUUCCUAUGUGUCAAUGAACUUGUAGCUGAAUUCCACAUUAAAAUAUAGAGGACUCCAUGGUAUAGCAAAUAUUAAUGAUAUAUUGUAUUUCUUAUAACAGAGGCUACCUAAAGUAUGAUCCAGUAAGUCUUAGUUAAUCAUCAUUUUCCUUGAUAUUUAUUUAAUGAUUAGUAAGCUUAGUUACUCCUGCUGAUUUGAUUCCUUCAUUUCAAUUUGCUCAAUGUUACCGCAAUUGAAGUCCACAUUUAAGCUAAUUUAGACUAUAAUAACAAGGCACUUCAUUUUUAUAGCAAUGUAGUGACUUUUGUAUGUAGCUGGAAAAAAAACAAAAAUGAAAGUAAAAGUAAAUUAUUGUUAAUUUAUAUGGUUGUCUAGCUGACAAUCGCUUGUUUAUUAAAAUGUUUAUUAAAAUGUUUAUUAAACAUUGUAAAAAAAGGCAAUGCGGCACAAGACUUUCCGGCAAGAAAAUGAAAUAAGCUAGUAUCGUUACAAUGAUGAUUAACUAUGAACUUGAGGCUCACCGUUAACCCUUAUAUCAAAAAGCAAACAAAAAACAACGAAGAAUAAAGCAAUUCACUAGAGGGCAAUUUCUAUAAUGACAUUAAAUGUUUAUAUUCCCCCAACAGUUUUUGCUUUGCACUGUCUUUUAUUAUCAUGGCAGAAAAAAAACAAAAAAAAUAAACCCAUACACCCAUUUCUCUCUUUUUUAACCCUUUCAGCAUCAGGGCCAUUGUAGAACAAUACAUAAGAAACCCCCCUGUGAUUCUCAAAGGGUUUAGCUGCUAUGUGCCCUGGUUUAGUGUUCAGAUAGCACUUGACUCUUCCACCAUUGUCUGCACCAGUUCUUUAAUCAAAGGUGCAGAGGUUGAGUAUAAAGUAAUAAAGCUCAGAUACAUUUAAAAUGCACUGUACAAUUUUCCCUGUUUACAAAUCUUUAUAUAGAUAUAUAUAUAAGGGAAAUGUUGCAAAUAUUCAAAACAUUUGGAUAUAAAUAUAGAUACAUUGACACAUGAAUAGAAUUCUAUAUAUAUAUAUAUACAUACAUGCAUGUGUAUAUAUAUAACGUAUACAGCUAUUUACUUGACUUACCAUAUAUACAUAAACAUGUACAAUGCUGUGAAUGGAAACAGACCACAUGUACUUUAAAAUAAUGAUUGCUUUGGCCUUUACAGUGCAAAGGUGUUUUUUUUUCUUUUGUACAAUAUAAUUUUAAAAUUUAAAUGUGGAGUUGAUUUUUUUUUAAAAAUAAAGUCAUCACUUUUAUUACGGGGAACUGUAUUUAGGACUCCAUUGUCUUGGUGAUGUACAAGACUUAUUAUUCAUUGCAAUUAAAAUGGUAGAGGAAUUCUUUGCCUUGGAUAUAAACUUGUCUCUUUCAGGUUGUAUAAAAUUGUGUGUUGGGGAAAAGUUUUCAGAUUAUAUAGUACUUAAAUAUAGGAAAAUGCACACCCAUGUUGAUUCCUAUGCUAAAACACACUUAUGGUCUCUCUUUUUUCUGUACUUCUAGACCGGGAUUUGAAUUUAAUGUUCACUUAGUGUAGGAACUAUAGUAUUUAUAUUAAAGUUUGUAUUUUUAACAGUCUCUCAUUCUUUUAAAGAGGUAACAAUUUACCUUUUUUUAAAUUGAAAAUUUUUUUUUGGUAGUGAAAUAAAAACACACCGGCUGCCACAGUAUAUAAAUAUAUAUAUUUUUUUUUUAAUUUGGCAGGAUAAUAUAGCUCAAAUUAUUUGUAUGUUUUACAGCAAAAAUAAAAAAAAUAAAGUGUGACAUUGUACAGUAAAGAAGCCAUAUAAUGGCUGAGUUGAGGAAAAACUUAUUAGAAUGUCAUGCAGUGGGCUGAACAUAUCCUUUAUUUGAAUUCUUUUCUCUGGCUGCCAUACUGUAUGCAGUACUGCAAGCUAAUGACGUUGGUUUCUUCUGUAGUGUGCUUUAUUUCUUUUUUUUCUCAUCACCUACAUUCCAGCAUCUAAACCUCAUAUGCAGUAAAAAGAAAGAAACACACAUUUUGAGUUUAUUUUCAUUGCCAAAAAAUUAAAUAUGGUGCUUUAUAUUUAGAAUGGGGAAAAAUCAUAUGCAAGGCAUAUUGAGAUGAAAUAUGGCAUAAGUCAAUACGCUUUUCGUAACUGGCAAUGUACAAUAUUUUGUUAUUGGCCUUUUCUAUUCCUGUAACGAGAAAAAAAAAAAAGCUGUUUGUCGUAACUUGAAAUUUUAUCUUUUACUAUGGGAGUCACUAUUUAUUAUUGGUUAUGUGCUUUUGUUUAAAACCGAGGCACAUUUGGACAUUUUUUUAAAUGUUUUUCCUUGAAAUUUAUUUUAUUUCUUAUUGUUUUUCUUUGAAUUUUUUUAUGACCAAAGGUCAUACAAACCUGGCUUUUAUGGUAUUUGUUUCUGGUCUUUGUUAAUUUCUAUUGGAUAAACCACUGUCUGUGUUUUUGGCAGUUGUCUGCAUUAUCCUGUUCAUAUACCCAUUUUGUCCCUUUAUUGAAAAAAUAAAAAAAAAUAAGUACACAGUA